ACGUCACAUCAAAGCGAGUGAGCAGCAGAGGUCUGAGAUCCGCGGCGCUCUCUGCGAGUCUGAUGCGAACGAAAACAGACUUUUGUCUUCAAACGCCGAAAUUGUCGUCGAUAAAGCGCGUCGUUCUAGCGCAGAUGGGCUUCAGUGAACGCACAGGAGCUGAAUUGAAACCCGUUUUGGCGAUGACAGGCGUUUGGUGAGUAGCAAGUGCACAGAGCUCCAGACGCCUCUCUUCAUUGUGAACGCUCCACAGUCUACUACUAACAGGCACGAUGCAGACUCUGCAAAAAGAUUGAAGAGUCAGGCCGCAACAGCAGCGCCAUGGCAGACAGAAGACAACUGUUUGCUGAAAUGCGUGCACUAGAUCUGGACUCUAUCAGACUGUCCACAUACAGGACAGCAUGCAAGCUGAGAUUCAUUCAGAAGAGGUGCAAUUUGCAUUUGGUGGAUAUCUGGAAUAUUAUAGAGGUUUUCCGGGAAAACAGACUCCACUCCAUGGACCUCAACACAGAGUUCUCAGUGUCACAUUUGCAAGCAAUUCUGUCCACCAUCUUUUACCAGCUAAACAAGCGCUUGCCCACAACCCACCAGAUCAAUGUAGACCAGUCCAUCUCGUACCUCCUCAACUUCCUGUUAGCGGCCUACGACCCGGAAGGAGUGGGAAAGAUCUCGGUUUUUGUGGUGAAGAUGGCCCUGGCUGCUCUCUGUGGAGGGAAGAUUUUGGAUAAACUAAGAUAUGUAUUUUCACAGAUAUCAGACCCAAACGGAGUGAUGAUAUACUCACAGUUCGACCACUUCCUAAGAGAGGUACUGAAACUGCCCAUGACGGUUUUUGAGGGACCGUCUUUUGGCUACACUGAGCAGUCCACAAGAACCUGCUUUCCGCAAGAGAAAAAAGUCUCGCUCAAUGUGUUUCUUGACACGUUCGUGUCGGAUCCUCCUCCUCAGUGUCUGGUUUGGUUACCGCUGAUGCAUCGGCUGGCAAAUGUUGAGAACGUCUUCCAUCCUGUGGAGUGCUCCUACUGCCACAGCCAGAGCAUGAUGGGAUUCCGCUACCGGUGUCAACAAUGUGAUAAUUAUCAACUCUGCCAAGAGUGUUUCUGGAGGGGCCAUGCCUCGGGCAGCCAUAGCAACCAGCACCAGAUGAAGGAGUACAUGUCAUGGAAAUCUCCAGCUAAGAAGUUGUCAGACGCUCUCAGUAAAUCUCUGAGUUGUGCCUCCAGUCGAGAGCCUCCUUACCCGACGUUCUUCGAAACGUCCGAGAAACCACUCAACCUCACUCACGUUAUGGACACAUGGCCUCCCAGACCUGUGACCAGUGGAAAUGAAUACAUACUCUCUCACUCCAUGCCUUCCUCAGGAAACCCUUACUCCAGCAAAACAGGUGCUCACGAUGAGACGAAGCAAAUGUUUUCCCGGACGACCCCAGAUCUUUUAAAAGGGAAAGGGGUUCAGUACAGCCUCGAUAUUGCGGAUAGGCUCGCUGAUGAGCACAUACUUAUCGGCCUUUAUGUGAAUCUCCUCCGAAAGGACCGUUCAUGUUUCCAGGAGAGCUGUAAAAACCAAGAUGAUGAGCACUUCCUCAUUGCCCGUUACGCCUCCCGAUUGGCUGCUGAUGGAGCUGCAGUGAAGACCAGAGUCCCGGCAGACAUCUCUCUCUGUCUGGACUCCAACAAACAGCAGCGACAACUUAUUGCCGAGCUAGAGAACAAGAACAAGGAGAUUUUGCAAGAGAUCCAACGCCUGAGGCAACAACAUGAAGAAGCUUCCCAGCCUCCGUUAGACAAAAGCCAACAAAAGCCAACGUUACUGGCUGAACUGAGACUGCUCAGGCAGAGGAAGGAGGAGUUGGAGCAGAGGAUGUCGGCCCUUCAGGAGAGCCGUCGAGAACUCAUGGUCCAACUAGAGCAGCUCAUGCUUCUGUUAAAGGAAGAAGAGCUAAAAAGAGCCAACCAGGGCCCUGGCCCCUCCCCUCGCUCCUCCCCCAGCCACACCAUCAACACAUCCAUCCAAUCAGUGUCCGGCAAUACCACACCCAUCCCCAUGCCCGUCCAAUCAACAUCCAGCAAUACCACACCCAGUCAGACACCUCAGGACUCGCUCAUGGGCCUGGGAGGAGAGGUGCAGCAGGCCUUCGCUCAGGGCUCCAGAAGGAACUUCAGAAAUGAUCUCCUGGUAGCUGCAGACUCCAUAACCAACACAAUGUCUUCAUUGGUGAAAGAACUUAACUCAGAGGCGGGGAGUGAAACAGACAGCAUCUCUGACCUCACGUUCCCAACAUCAGACGUUCUCCAUGCCAGGAGCUCUCCAAGAUCAGGGGCAGCAGGUAAGCUGGAGUCUGGGGAUUUCUAUGGACAUGAUCUGGAAAAGCAGCUGAACAGAGAGCUGAAGAUGGAACAGGACAAGAACGUCCUGGGAGGAGGAUCGAGCGACUCUGAAGCACUGUGCAACCAGGCCUGAGUUGGAACAUGCCACACUUCUGAAAAGCAUCAACAAUACUGUGGUUUCAUGAAAUUCACCCAAAACUUUGUACCUCUGCAUUCAGUGGAAGAUAUUAUUUGACUCCAAAGAGCACACAGUACAUUUACCAUGCUCUAUUAUUCAACUUGCAAUGUUUUAUGAAACAGACAUUUUUGAGACAAAUAUAUGAGACAGCAUCUGACACUACUGAAUGUGCUGUUAUGUUGAUAAAGGAGCGACAAGAUGCCCUUUGAAAAAGCAUUAUUUGGUGUAAGAUAUGUUGAUCUAGAAGAGAAUUUUCAUGCUUGAUUUGAUUUUGUCAGUGAAUAUAAUUCCUUGUAAAGACUGUCUGUAGUAGACGGGUUAAGGAAGACUGGUUUGGCUUUGACCAUCUCCAGACUCUUUCAUUGAUGUGUUUUCUUUGAUAUGCUACUGUCACACUGCAGCGCUCACAUUCUUCUCACGGUUUACUCCAGACGGACAGACAGUUAUACAGCAGAACUACAACAACAACAACAAAAAGCAGCAUCUGCACCCUGCUGCCAACCAUUGCACUUUUCAGUGAUUUUGCAUGGGACUAAAUAAAAAUAA